AUGGAGGAAAUGCUGCAGCACCUAGGUCAGCCCAAGCUUACUGUAGACUCAGAUCCCCAGCUGACUAUAAACUCAGGUGAUGGAGGAAAUGCUAUACCUAUGUCAGAUCUCCAGCUGUCUAUAGACUCAGGUGAUGGAGGAAAUGCUAUACCUACGUCAGAUCCCAAGCUUACUAUAUACUCAGGCGUUAGAGGGAAUGCUGCACCUAGGUCAGACCCAAUGCUUACUAUAGGCUCAGUUGAUGGAGGGAAUGCUGUACCUAGGUCAUAUUUCAAGCUGACAGCAGGCUUAGCAGGCUUAGGUGAUCGAAGGAUUGCUGCACCUAGCUCAGAUCUCAAGUUGACAGAAAGCGUGGAUGAUGGAGGGAUUGUUGCACCAAGGUCAGAUCCCAAGCUGACAAAAGGCUUAGUCGAUCGAAGGAUUGCUGCACCUAGCUCAGAUCCCAAGUUGACAGAAAGCUUUGGUGAUGGAGGGAUUGUUGCACCAAGGUCAGAUCCCAAGCUGACAGAAGGCUUAGGUGAUCGAAGGAUUGCUGCACCUAGCUCAGAUCCCAAGUUGACAGAAAGCUUAGGUGAUGGAGGGAUUGUUGCACCAAGGUCAGAUCCCAAGCUGACAGAAGGCUUAGUCGAUCGAAGGAUUGCUGCACCUAGCUCAGAUCCCAAGUUGACAGAAAGCUUUGGUGAUGGAGGGAUUGUUGCACCAAGGUCAGAUCCCAAGCUGACAGAAGGCUUAGGUGAUCGAAGGAUUGCUGCACCUAGCUCAGAUCCCAAGUUGACAGAAAGCUUAGGUGAUGGAGGGAUUGUUGCACCAAGGUCAGAUCCCAAGCUGACAGAAGGCUUAUGUGAUGGAGGGAUUGUUGCACCGAGGUCCGAUCCUUAUAAGACAGAAGGUUCAUGUGAUAGAGGGAAUAUUUCACAAAGGUCAGAUUCCAAGAAGACAGAACGUUUAGCUGAUGGAGGGAAUGUUGCACAGAUGUCAGAUUCUAAGAAGAGAGAAGGUUCAGGUGAUUGA